CGCUCGGUGCUCCACCGCCCCCCCUGCGUACGCUCGCAAGGCGCUCGCAGACUCCGGCGUCGACAAGAUGUCGACCGCCAUGAAUUUCGGGACCAAGAGCUUCCAGCCGCGGCCCCCGGAGAAGGGCAGCUUCCCGCUUGAUCACUUCGGUGAAUGUAAAAGCUUUAAAGAGAAAUUCAUGAAGUGUCUUCAUGACAAUUAUUUUGAAAAUGCUUUGUGCAGAAAUGAAUCAAAAGAAUAUUUAGAAUGCAGAAUGGAGAGAAAAUUGAUGCUACAAGAACCAUUGGAGAAACUGGGAUUUGGAGACUUGAUUGGUGGAAAAUCAGAGGCAAAAAAAUGAAUUUUGAUAAGA